AUGGCACGUAAUGUGAAACAAUCGGAGAAUCGGUCUCCAACGCCUGAUGAUGAGGACGUGAGGGACUCUCCCGUGAGGGACGAGCUCACGCUUCGAGAAAUCAUUAACAUCAAGUUGGUGGAGAGUGGAGAGAAAGAGAAUCUGAUGGAGCUGGUGAGAGAUAGAUUGGUUGAGUCUGGUUGGAAAGAUGAGAUGAGAAUUGCUUGCAGGGAGCAUGUGAAGAAGAAAGGGAGAAAAGAUGUAACAGUUGAUGAGCUUAUACGAGUGAUCACUCCCAAAGGCAGAGCUUCAGUACCAGAUGAUGUGAAGGAAGAGCUGUUGAACAGAAUCCAGAAUUUCAUUCGAUCAGCUGCUCUUUGAUUCAUCCAAGACCAUAUUACUACGAAGAUGAUGAUGAUGAUGGUUGUGCAUCUCUAUAUGGUGGUGGUGGCGGUUUCUACUUGUAGCCAACACUAACCAGAGAGAAAUCUUCACUAUGUUUAACCGAUGUAUCAUCUUUUGAUGUUGUAGAAUUAGCAUUCGUAUUUCAACUACUUUCUGUACCAAACUCUAUGUAUUUUCAAAUUCCAAGGAGCCCUAGAAUUAACAAUGAACAAUGUUGAGCCAAAUCC